GUCAUUUCGGUUUGUUAUUGUUCGAGUGUUAUUCAGUCGCAUUGUAGCUCGUCAAUUCAUUAUAUGUCGCACGAAACCAUAUGGAUAUAAUCAACAUCAACAUCAAAAAUAUCUGCAUACGAUUUUCAAUUGAGUAAAGACUUUGUUCAAGCAAAUAACGACGUUGAAUUCAUGUGAGAUUGAGUCCAAGAACACAUUGAGGUUUUGUAGUUGUAAAGGAAGCAUUCAUCAAAUUAUUCUCAAUUAUAAUGGGCACUCAAACCAAAUUCGAGCUAUUAGAGUUACUAAAUAAAACAAAUGAUAAAUAUUUAUACUUAUUGGAAGCAUUCAAAAUUCCUAGUGCCAAUACAGACAAAAACGAGCACAGUGAUCUCCUACUUCAGGACACACAAGUUGAACCGGAUGAUUCAGAAGAGGAGCGAAACACACAGCUUAAGGUGAUGCAAAAUAAAAUCUCUUCAAAGUGUAUACAACGAAAACGUAAGAAAAUGGGAGCAACAAAAUCAAUACAAAAACCUAACAAAUUUCAAAUGCGCCCUAAUGUACAAAUUGCCGAAAAAAAUACGAACCAUAAUGGAAACACACAAAUCAAGAAGGAAAAAGAGCUACUUCCAGUUUAUAAUGAAAUGGGAAAAAUCGUGUUCCCGAAAAUUCAAUUCGACGAAAAUGAUGUUUCGAAAAAAGGAGUCGAAACAGACGCAAAAAAGAUGCUCCGCCAAGUACUCAAAGAGCAAAAGCAACUGAAUGACUUGAAGUCUUCUGGUGAUACCACCAAAUAUGAAAAGAUAAAGAACGCAAAGUCUUGGAAUCGUGCCACAGCUAAGGUAUUAGGUCAAAAAAUCAGAGACGACGUUGGAUUACUAUCGACAAAAAUUAAUAGACGAAAGAAGCAAGUUUCUAAGUCCAAGCAAGAAUGGUCAGAACGAAUUAAGAAAGUUGAUCGUGCGAAGCAUUUAAAACAAACAAAACGAAUGGAAAACAUUAAACAGCGUGCCACCCAGAAGAAAAAUAAAAAAAUGAAAAAACUAGCCAAUAAGGGUCGAAUUAUUCCGGGAUUUUGAGUAGGUUCUAAUUUUCAUAUAAUACAGUGAAUAAAAUCGUUUUACUAAGUUUA